UUGAUCUAUAACCCUGGUUGUUCAUAAACUGUCCAGAUUACUCAGUGGACUCCCUGCAGAGAGGAGCACUUCUUUUCCCCCACAGUGCAGUCUCUACCAGGAACCCCCCCAUACCACCAGGAACCAGCCAUGGCGAUGCGCCCACGCGCUUCCUCUCAGCCUGGAAAGCUUUCCUUCUUCCACAGUCCCAAGGCAGCUUCAGCCCUUCGACCGCGGGCCAUGUCCUCGCGCUCGGGCUCCAUGCUGGAAGAGGAGCUGUCCUGUCCUGUCUGCUGUGACAUCUUCAGGGACCCCGUGGUCCUCAAGUGCAGCCACAGCUUCUGCCGAGACUGUCUGCAGCAGUUCUGGAACAAGAAGAAAGCCAGACGAGAGUGUCCCGUCUGUAGGAGGAAGUGCUCCCUGACGGAGCCCACGGUCAGCCUGGCCCUGAAGAACGUGGCCGACACCUUCCUGAGGGAGCAGGAGCUCAGGACAGCUGGGACAGGAGGAAGGCCCGGGGGGACAGGGGAGCAGGAAGUGGAGGAGAGGUGCAUCACACACGGGGAAGUUCUCAAGCUCUUCUGUCUGGAUGACUUUGAAGCACUCUGCUGUGUGUGUCACACCUCCAAAAAGCACCAAGGGCACAGAGUGUGUCCUCUGGAAGAGGGAGCGCAGGACCUCAAGGCAGAGCUAAAAAAAGAUCUGAUUCCUCUGAAGAAAAACCUGCGCUGCCUGUAUGAAGCCAAGCAGGAGUGUGAUGACACAACUGUGCACAUCAAGAACCAGACUGAGGCCACAGAAAAGCAGAUCAAAGAUGAGUUUGAGCAGCUGCGGGAGUUCCUGCAGAAGGAGGAGACGGCUCGGAUGGCCGCCCUGCUGAAGGAGGAUGAGGAGAAGAAGGAGCUGGCGAGGAAGAAGUCAGAGAACAUCACCAGAAGUAUCUUCACCUUUUCUCACGCUGUCAUUGCCAUUGAGAACGAGAUUGGUUCCAGUGAUGCUCUCUUCCUUAAGAAUUACGCCAACACAAAGAAAAGAGCACAGAUCCCACCGAAUAACCCAGAAAAGGUGUGGAAGGACGCUCUUAUAAAUGUGGCCGAGCAUGUCGGUUCCCUCAAGUACCAUGUGUGGGAGAAGAUGGCCGAGCUGGUUCAGUACACGCCCAUCACCAUGGACCCCAACACCGCCUACCCCUGGUUGUCCCUCUCCUCAGACCUGACCUGCGUCACUAACAGCGGAUGCCUCCAGAAUGUCCCGAACAAUCCUGAACGUUUCGGCCAUUUUGUGUUCCUGCUGGGGUCAGAGGGCUUCACCUCGGGCCGCCACGCCUGGGAGGUGGAGGUGGGGGACAAGGCGGACUGGAUGCUCGGGGUGGCCAAGGAGACCAUCGACAGGAAAGGCCGCAUUUCAGGUUGUCCCGAAGGUGGCUUUUGGAUGAUCGCGCACUACGAGGGCGAGUACUCGGCCAUGACGAGGCCCAGCACCCCGCUGCACCUGCAGGGGGAGCUGACCCGGGUCAGGGUGCAGCUGGACUUUGACUCCGGAGAGGUGAUCUUCUCCAACCCUGUGAGCAUGGUGCCCAUCUACACCUUCAAUGAUUUCUUUACUGAGAAGAUUUACCCCUUUUUCUGCCCUGGAGCCAACAUCAAUGGGAAUAACCCCAACCCGCUGAAGAUCUGCACCGCUAAGGUGGCUGUGUGGAACAGUGCUACAUGGUGAUUUUGAAAAGAAUCUAACCAUAUUACAACACAAAUUUCCCAAUUGUGUAUCAAAUCAUUUGGGUGCAUGUUUAUUUGUAAAAUGAGCAUGAUACAAGCAAAGUAAUUAGAACAAGUAUUGGUUUAUUUCACUUGGAUUCAUUCAUUAGUUUAUGAAGUGCUUUAAAGCUACCAAGGAAUGGGAUUUCCUUUGUAGUCCAGGAAGGCUCCGUUCUGCUUCUCAGUCAGGGAGGCCAUCACGUCACACAUACCCAGCACACUCUCCUGAGCUUCAAUUUCCCCCUGGUGGUCAGAAACACACAGUACACAAGAAGAAGUUAAAAAACAAGACUGCAAUUCUGCCAUUUUCAUUCCUGACCUUGGACACCUUCAUAUUUGAUCCAAGUAUGAUUUGUUUCAAUAUGACCUCAAUGUGAACAGCUCAUGAGAUAUGUCAUUUGUAUGUAAUUCUUUGUUGUGUAAGCAUGCAGAACAGCUGCAAUCGUGGAGGUUCAUUUUAAGGGAAAGUAAAAUGUUGCAAAAAUAAUCUCAAGUGAUUUUCUCACCAUGAGAGUUGCGACAUUUUCUUAGUUUUUUUUUCUGUGGAUUCUCUUGAUUUAACAAAAAUACUGUAGUAGGAAGGGCACAAUUAUUUACAUUACCCCUAAAAGAAUGUGUGUGAAAUAUGAAAUCAUACGACAUGAUGUUAAUCUCAUACUUCUCUAUUAAUAAAUUAAACUAUCAAUCAGA